AUGCUGUUCUGUGCCAAGUCCGUCCUCGCGUGCGCCGGCAUCCGCAGCGGCGCCGCUGCGCUCCAGAGCCAGAUUACCGCCCCUUCAGCGCUGUCUGCCGCUCGCCACUCGGUCCGCGCAAUGGGGCACGGCAGCCAUUCAAGCCCCGAGACACUGUCAAAGGAGAAGCAGCGCAACCUCCAGGGCAAGGUGCCAGAGGUGGUCCCUGGUGCCCCCGGCUGGAACCCGGGGCUGGCCAGCGAGUCAGAGGCGGUGGUUAAGGCGGACAGGGCGCCCUCCAUGUCGCUCGAGGAUCUGCAGACCCACAGCAUCCAGGCGCUGCACAAUCUGGCGGCCCACCACCCAGACGCAGCUGAGGAGGGCCACCCGCACGCCAAGGAUGGCCCCGCGCCCGGCUCGCACGACCCCAGCGGGGCGCCCGCCAUUAAGCAGAACUUGGAUUACGAUAAGACGCGCAAGGGGGAGAUGCCGCACUAG